CGCCUCCCCAGUGCUGACAGUGCAGGAGGCGGCGCUGUACCCGGGUUAUCUCCGGCCUACUGUACACUGUACCAGCCCAGCACCAUAGUACAACACCUGGCUGACACCCGGAGCACAGGGGGAGAGGUGAUAGUCUGCAACACCCGGAGCCCAGGGGGGAGAGACAGCCUGCAACACCCGGAGACAGUUUGCAAUAUUCAGAAACUGAGCCUGUGCAGUGAGAGACAGUCUGCAGCACCCAGAGACCAAGAGCCUGAGCGGGAAAGACAGCCUGCAGCAUCCAGGGACUGAGUCUGAGCAGGGAGAGACAAUCUGCAGUGCCCAGAAACUGAGCCAGAGCUGGGAGAGACCCUGCAGCACCCAGAGACUGAGCCUGAAGCUGGGGAAGACCCUGCAUUACCCAGAGACUGAGCCUGUGCAAGGAGAGACACCCUGCAUUACCCAGAGACUGAGCCUGUGCAAGGAGAGACACCCUGCAUUACCCAGAGACUGAGCCUGUGCAAGGAGAGACACCCUGCAUUACCCAGAGACUGAGACUGAGCCUGUGCAAGGAGAGACACCCUGCAUUACCCAGAGACUGAGCCUGUGCAAGGAGAGACAGUCUGCAGAGCCCAAAGAGUGAGACUGAGCCUGAGCUGGGAGAGACAGCCUGCAGCACCCAGAGACUGAGCCUGUGCAAGGAGAGACAGCCUGGGGUGCUUCUGAGAGUGCCAUCCUGGAAGAGCGCUGCACAAUGACGGCAGAGGAGGUGCAGGGAGCUCAGGGUGUCUCUAUGGAGGGGAUAGACAUCAGCCCUAAGGGGGAUCAGGGGGUCCUGAAGCAAGUAAUAACGGAGGGGACAGGCAGCCAGACUCCGAUGAUUGGGGAUAAAGUCAGCGUCCACUACACCGGCUGGCUGCUUGACGGAACCAAGUUCGACUCCAGCCGUGACAGACAGGACAAGUUCACCUUCGACCUGGGGAAAGGUCAGGUGAUAAAGGCGUGGGACAUCGCUGUAGCGUCUAUGAAAAUAGGAGAAAUAUGUAGAGUUACGUGUAAGCCAGAGUACGCUUAUGGUGCCUCCGGAAGUCCACCGAAAAUUCCCUCAAACGCUAUACUUAUAUUUGAGAUCGAGCUUUUUGACUUCCAAGGUGAAGAUUUAUCCACGGAUGGGGAUGGAGGAAUAAUCCGCAGGAUCCGAGUGAAAGGGGAGGGUUACUCCAAACCCAACGAGGGGUCCGUGGUGGAAUUGCGACUGCAGGGCACCCACAAUGGGCGUCUUUUCGAUGAGCGGGAGCUACAGUUUGAGGUCGGAGAGGGAGAGAGCCAAGGAAUCCCGCUCGGUGUGGAGACCGCCGUGCAGCAGAUGGAGAAAGGAGAGGAGUCCGUGCUGAACCUGAAACCAAGAUAUGGCUUUGGCAGUGCCGGCUAUGAGCCGUUCCAGAUCCCGCCCAAUGCGGAGCUUCAGUAUGAAGUCAAACUGAAGAGCUUUGAGAAGGCCAAGGAAUCGUGGGAGAUGAACUCGGAAGAGAAGCUGGAGCAGGGAGGCCUGGUCAAGGAGCGCGGAACGCAGUAUUUCAAGGAGGGACGAUUCCGUCAGGCGGUCAUUCAGUACAAGAAGAUCAUCCUGUGGCUGGAACACGAGUCAGGAUUAUCCGGGGAAGACGACGCUAAAGCUAAGUCUCUGCUCCUGGCGGCUUCUCUCAACCUGGCUGCUUGUUACCUGAAGCUGGGAGAGCAUCGGGCGGCUCUAGAACACUGCAACAAGGCACUAGAAUUCCAACCCAACAAUGAGAAAGGAUUGUUCCGCCGGGCUGAGGCCUACAUGGGUGUCAACGAGCUGGAGCUGGCAAGGGAUGAUUUUGUGAAGGUCAUUCAGCUGUAUCCAGGCAACAAGGUAGCGCGGACUCAGCUUGCGCAGUGUCAGCAGCGAAUCCGCCAGCAGCACCAGCGGGAAAAGAAAAUCUACGCCAACAUGUUUCAGAGAUUGGCGGAGAAAGAGGACAAGGAGUCUGCAAAAGCUCCCAAAGAGCAGCCUAGCGAGGUGGAGAUGACCGACGCCGCAUCCGCAGAGGAGACUCGGCAGAACGGCGCGACAGAAAGCACUACUCCCGAGGAGGUGUAGCCAUCCCCCUCUCUACUUACUGUGUCUGCACCAGCGGUGUCUAUAGGAUCGGUGGUUUGGCGUUUUCCAAGGAGGGCGAGGACGGGGUAAUCUGUGCAGACGCUCCUGAGUCGGCCUCUGUAACAUAUCUCUCCAUUCCAGCUUAUCGGCUUGUUUUAUCUCAGGAUUUUCUGCCACUCACAGAGGGGGGGACUCAGCGAGCACGAGCCAAGUAGCGUACUUGUGGCGUAAAGGGUGGGUCUGGUGGACACUGGAAGUCUACACCCAGACCCUCGCUGAUCCCAGACAUGACAUCGUCUUACACGUCCUUGGGGCCCCCGGCUGUAUUUCCAUGUAACAGAGCAGCUCGCCGGAGUUCCUGAACCUGACUUGAAUCGUUUGAUCUGCGAGUUUCUGUGUGUUAUACUGUCCUGUGACCCUUCUCUGACGCUCUCCUUCCCGUCUCACCUUUGUAAUAUUGUUCCCAUUCUGUUGAUAUCCUGUAAAUAGGAAAUAAAUACACGUCUAUGCUCUCUUAUAAUUA